AGGACUACGUUACCCAUAAUGCUAUACUCCUGACACUAACAAGGAAGUGAACGACAUCAGGAAACGUCAGCUUUGUUGUCGUUUGACACACCAGCGUCUGUUUCGCUGGAAGGAAAGUGUUUUCAGUCUGUCAGUUACUUUUAAAGCGCUGAGGCCAUGGCUGAGAGAAAUGGCCAGCUGAAGUCGGUGGUGAUUCACAGCUUCAGGCGAUUCAGGGAGCGAUAUUUUCCUGAGAAAGUCGCCAAAAACUUGGUGUCCGAUAUGGAUCAAGAAGAGGGACACCUCGGAUAUUUGGACAGCUUACCGGUGGACACACAAUUCCUGAUCAUGACCUUUCUCUCUCCUGUGGACAUCUGCAAUCUGGGAGCCACCUGUCGAUACUGGAGAGCCAUGGUGAGAGACCCGUUACUGUGGAAAUACUUCCUGUUGCGAGACAUGCCGCGCUGGUCGUCCAUCGAUCACCUGACCAUGCCCAACCUGGAGUUGCUGGAUGCCCCGCUAGUCAGUGAACACGAAAGCUUGGACGACAGGGAAGAAGGAGAAGAGAGAAACAGGGACCUGAAUAUUGACUACAUGUCUGAAUACCUAAAAGGUUGUCCAUCUUGCCGACAGCAGUGGUUGCCCUCCCGUCCAGCGUAUGAGCUUCUGACCUCGUUUUUUCAGUACCUGGUGCCCUCAUCUGAACCUCGUUAUGCGAUGUUUGGGCCUGGCAUGGAGCAGCUCGAUGUCUCUUUGGUCACAAGGCUCAUGCAUGCCCCCGAUCUGUUACCUGUGUCAGGUACUCCACACAGGCAGAUAAAUGGUGUUGGCUCAGGGAUUAGCUACCUGUUCAACAACCAACAUAAAUUUAACAUUUUAACGCUGUAUUCCACCAACAGGGCUGAGAGGGAAAAAGCGCGACUGGAGCAGCAGAGCUUCAGCAAUAAGCUCUUCACCGUUGAAGGAACAGAUGAGUCAGGUUAUCCGGUGUUUUCUCCUGCUCCUCAGGUGCAGAAGGUCUUCCAGGAGGUGGAUGGCUUCAUUUAUGUUGCCAAUGCAGAGCCUGGAAAAGGUGACGGGGCGUCUGAGGUGGCCCAGGUUCGGGCUGUGCUGAAUUGUGCUGGGGAUUCUGCAGCUAAGCCUCUGCUGGUGCUCUCCUGUGUCUCCCGAGAACCGGAGGAAGGGAAUGAUGGAGCCAAAUGUCGAACGCCCUGCGUUUAUAUGGCAAAGAGACUCGGCCUUCCUCAGCUGUCUAAUCGCUGGAUGGUCCAAGAUACAGUGGCAGAAUCGUUGCUAGGUGUUCUGGAUGGGAUUUCCUGGCUUCUGAAGUCGUCUGGCGUCAAAAUUUAAGGAGGAUAAUUUUUUUUUAAUCCCAACACCAUCAAAGGGAAUUUGACCCGUAAUCACACUGACACUUGAUCUUGAUGUCGAUACGUACUCCUUUAUUUUUAUUACCUUGUGUGCACAGCUCUCUGAUCCGCUAAAGACUUAUUAAAAGAGCACUGCCGGUUGAGUUAAUAAUAAUAAUGAGAGGAUAACCGGGAGUCAAGUGGGUUAACUAAUGGAGAUAUUAUUUUUUUAAAGGUUGUAAGUGAAGGAAAUCCAUUUGGUCAGAAGGGCAUAGAAACCACAGCAUUAUUUAUCUAUUAUUUUAAGAAUACAAAAGACUGAUGCUGCACAUAUAUUACUAAUCAGGGGGCAGAGAGGUACUGUGAAAAAUAAGUUUUCACCUAGAAAAAGAUUUGAUGUCUUGUUUUCCAUAUGGACACUAUUUUUAUAUUUAUUCCUCACUCCCGGAUUUCAUAGUUAUGAACGUUUACCCGACACCCUCCUGUGAAAAGUCUCUUUCUGGAAAUGUAAGAUAAGGACGCCUUUAAAUGAAAAGUUUGCACACAGCUAAAUUAAUGCAAGCUAUUUAUUUAAAAAAUUGAAAAGUGAAAAAGAAAUGUGGCCUGAUGAUAAGCAGGGAACACUAGAAACAUUGUUUAAGCUGAUGUUGUUGAACACACAUGCACACAAACACACAUAUAUAUAUAUAUA